AUGUCUGACCCUAAAGUAUGGCUAAUCACAGGUACAUCAUCAGGUUUUGGUCGCCGUUUAGUAUCAAUCGUUCUAGAACGCGGUGAUCGCGUGGUCGCGGCGGCCCGAUCUCUGCAGAAAAUCCAAGACUUUCCUCAAUCUCCAAACCUACACCUCCUAGAGCUCGACGUGACUUCCGGAACGACUGUCAUCAAGGAACGCGUAGAUGAGGCGGCUAAGGUCUGGGGCAGGAUUGACGUGUUGGUGAACAAUGCGGGUAUCGUGCUGCUGGGAAUCCUUGAGGAAUGCGGGGUGGACUUCCUGACAAGACAAUUUCGCCCUAAUGUCUGUGGUGUGCUGGACGUCACGAAUGCAGCAUUACCAUAUAUGCGUGAAAGGAAGAGUGGUACAGUAGUUAUUAUAGGAAGUCGCAGCGCCUGGAAGCCAGAGAACAAGGGAAUUGGCGCUUAUGCCUCAUCAAAGGCAGCGGUGCAGGCAAUGAGCGAAACACUCGCCGUAGAACUCGCACAGUUCAACAUACGCGUCCUGAUCGUCGAGCCUGGCGCCUUCCGCACGGAAAACAUAUACAGCAAUAAAGUUGACACGUGGACGAAUCCCAUACCUGAUUAUGAUGAAACGCGAGUGGAGACACAGGUGAGGUAUAAGGCUAUCCAUGGCAGGCAACCAGGAGACCCCAUGAAGGCGAUGAAAUUCGUCGCAGACGUCGUAAGAGGAGAAGGCGUUGCAGCUGGGAGGAAGUGGCCGUUGUACCUGGUCUUGGGAGAAGAUGCAGAGCAAGAUAUUAGAAAUAAAUGCAUGGUGAUGUUGAAGCAUCUUGAUGAAUGGCAGGACGUAAUCCGGGACGUGAAUCUAUGAACCGAUCUACUACAUUACACGACUAUGUAUAUAGUAAAAAUUGAGUAUAGAUGAGCUUGUUUACUGCACUUGGUUCUUUUUGCUUUGGAUUUUGAUGUUUCCAGCUUCGCGCCUGGAAAUUCAACGAAUAUAUUUUCGUCACCUCUUUAUACUGCAAUUUCCGGCAAACCUCACCUAUUGGACAGAAGUACUGUAUUACAAGGAAGUUCAGAGUAGGCCGCUGUCCGAGUCUGAAUUUGUCACCUUCACUUUUUCUGUUGCUGCACAUGGUUGACAAGAUAUAUUUAUUUAGAAUGAAUAUCUCAAUAGUUGAUUGGUUAUGUAUUGAGAGAUGUAGGUCUGAACUUUGAAGUGCUGAAUGGUGACCGGUGAAGUCUAGAGUAUUGGUAGCAUGAUUGUUGCGAUGAGG